AUGCGUGUCCAGUCUCUUGCGCGGUCAACGCUGCGCAGCGUUUCGCUGCGAAGUAGCAAUGCUGGAGUCUGCCAACGGACGUUCGCCUCCUCCUCCCUGCCUUUCACAUGCCAAACCUCCGCAGGUCAGAACCACCAGAGAAUAGCUUCACAGCCCCGACAAUGGCAAUCCAGACGAUGGCAGUCAAGCGCUGCUGCCGCCGUUCUCGAAACCGCAAUGCACGACCCGACCUCUCUCUCCCAAGACGCCAUUGUCGAGAAUCUGAACCCGGCUGAAGCAGCUCGACUGGACAAAGUACGGAAUAUUGGUAUCGCAGCACAUAUCGACUCCGGUAAGACGACGGCUACAGAGCGAGUGCUCUUCUACACUGGUCGAAUCAAGGACAUCCACGAAGUUCGAGGAAGAGAUGCAGUUGGCGCAAAGAUGGACAGCAUGGACUUGGAGAGAGAAAAGGGCAUCACCAUUCAAUCAGCUGCGACGUUUUGUGACUGGAUCAAGAAGACUCCAGAUCCAGUCACUGGAGAGCUGAAAGACGAGAAAUACCAUAUCAACUUGAUCGAUACACCCGGUCACAUCGAUUUCACGAUUGAAGUCGAGCGAGCACUUCGAGUGUUGGACGGCGCAGUCAUGAUCUUAUGCGCCGUGUCUGGCGUGCAAUCUCAGACUGUGACCGUCGACAGGCAGAUGAAGCGAUACAACAUUCCCAGAAUCUCCUUUGUGAACAAAAUGGAUCGCGCCGGUGCGAACCCAUGGAAGGCUGUCGAUGGUAUCAACCAGAAGUUGAAGAUUCCUGCUGCUGCAGUACAGGUUCCUAUCGGUGCUGAGGAUCAGUUCAAGGGUGUCGUGGAUCUUAUCAACAUGAGAGCGAUCUACUCGGAAGGAGAGAAGGGUGAGAUCGUUCGAUACGAUGAGGUUCCCUCAAAUCUGAAGGACUUCGCGGAGGAGAAGAGACAAGUAUUGAUCGAGACGCUGGCCGAUGUGGACGAGGAUAUUGCCAACACUUUCCUCGAUGAGCGAACACCAACUCCCGACGAGAUCAAGGCUGCAAUCCGAAGAGCUACCAUCAGCUUGAAGUUCUCCCCAGUCCUCAUGGGCUCAGCAUUGGCCGACAAGAGUGUCCAACCCAUGCUCGAUGCCGUCGUUGACUUCCUUCCCAACCCUGCCGAAGUAGAGAACCUCGCCCUGGACCGUCGACGAAACGAAGCUCAAGUCAAGCUCGUCUCCUACAACUCCCUCCCCUUCGUCGGCCUCGCAUUCAAACUCGAAGAAUCCAACUUCGGCCAACUGACCUACAUCCGUGUCUACCAAGGCUCCCUCCGCAAAGGUCAAAACGUGACCAAUGCCCGUACCGGCCAAAAAGUCAAGAUUCCCCGCAUCGUCCGCAUGCACUCCAACGAAAUGGAAGAAGUCAACGAAAUCGGCGCGGGCGAAAUCUGCGCCGUGUUCGGCGUCGACUGCGCCUCCGGCGACACCUUCACCGAAGGCGGUCUGGGCUACAGCAUGACCUCCAUGUACGUCCCCGACCCGGUCAUCUCCCUCUCCAUCCGCCCGAAACACACCAAAGACACCCCCAACUUCAGCAAAGCCAUCUCCCGCUUCCAGCGCGAAGACCCCACUUUCCGCGUGCACGUCGACGCUGAGUCCUCGGAAUCCAUCAUCUCCGGCAUGGGCGAACUCCACCUAGACAUCUACGUCGAACGCAUGAAACGCGAAUACAAAGUCGAAGUCGUCACAGGCCAACCCCAAGUCGCCUACCGCGAAACCAUCGGCGCACACGUGAAAUUCGACCACCUCCUCAAAAAGCAAACCGGUGGAGCAGGAGACUACGCCCGCGUCAUCGGCUUCCUCGAACCGACCGGCGAACUGGGAGACAACCAAUUCGAACAACAAGUCGUCGGCGGCAAUAUCGCGGAAAAAUACCUCUUUGCCUGCGACAAGGGCUUCCAACAAGCCUGCCUCUCCGGCCCGCUCCUCGGCCACCGCGUGCUGGGAACCAGCAUGGUGAUCAACGACGGCGCAACCCACAUGACCGACUCCUCCGAACUGUCCUUCAAAAACGCCACCCAACAAGCCUUCCGUAAAGCUUUCCUCUCCGCGCAGCCUCAGGUCCUCGAACCGUUGAUGAAAACCGUCAUCACGGCGCCGAAUGAAUUCCAGGGUAACAUCGUGGGACUGUUGAAUAAGCGGAACGCGGUGAUUAACGAUACGGAAAUCGGACCGGAGGAGUUCACGGUCACGGCGGAUUGUAGUCUGAAUGCGAUGUUUGGGUUUUCGAGUCAACUCAGGGCGGCGAGUCAGGGGAAAGGGGAGUUUAGUAUGGAGUUCAGUCAUUAUGCGCCUGCGCCACCGCAGAUGCAGAGGGAGAUGGUGGCUAAGUAUGAGAAGGAGAGGGCGGAGAAGAAUAAAAAGUAA